AUGAGCGAGGCCAGCCGGGUGUGCUCCGGCUACUACAGCCUCAACCGCAGCUUCGUGGAGCCCUUCCAGUGUCCCCAGCGCGGCGAGGGGGCCACCCUCAUCUACUGCUGUGGCUUCGCUGACCUCAAGUACUGCUGCAGUGAGCCGGGCAGCUACUUCCCCUACAAGCACAGCUACAUGUGGAGCCUCAGCAUUGGCGCUCUGAUUGGACUGGGAAUUGCUGCCCUUGUUUUACUUGCCUUUGUCAUCAGCGUCUGUGUUCUUUGCUACUUAUUUCUGUAUACAAAGCCUCAGAGAUUAGACACUGGCCUUAAACUUCAACACCUAGAGGCUAUUUCCACUCAAGAAGGCAGCUCAAAUAGAAAAACCAAAGCCCCCAGUUCAAAUUCAACAAAUGAAACAUUCUAUGAAGCUGAUGAUAUAAUUCAAGAAAAAACAAUGGAUAUGACACAAAUCAACACUGCUUACUGUUAA